CCCGCUGACCUCGCUGCUUUCCCCGCCCCCCUUUUUGGCCACUCCCCCUUUCCCCUCCGUGCCUCAGUUUACCACUGGGUGGAGAUGCGCACCAAGAUGCGGCUGCUGGGCUUCCGGGGGGCUCAGGUGAAGCCCCUGAACGAGGAGGCGGCGGCCGAGCUGGGGGCGGAGCUGCUGGGCGAGGCGCUGGUGUUCGGCGUGGGCGGGCUCUGCCUCUACCUGGAGUACCUGCGGCAGGCGGGGCAGAGCCGGCGGCGCGAGGAGCACCUGGAGCAGACCCUGAGCGACCUCAAAACGGGGCUGCGGCGGCUGGAGGCGGAGCUGGAGCGGCUGCGGGGGCGGGGCCACGACCGGGAGGGGGAGGGGCACGCCCUGGGUGGGGCUGGACACGCCCAGAGUGGGAAUGGACACGCCCAAAGUGGAGUGGGACACGCCCAAAGUGGAGUAGGAUACGCCCAGGGUGGGGUUGGAC